CUGGCUACGUCAGUCAACAUGGCCAACGGCUGCUACCAACCAGAGAAGUAUGUUUGCACCUACCACAUGUAUAUUCCGGCGUUUUCGGAGAGGCGGGUCGUAGGCAAGUCCUAUCUGAAUGACAAUGUCGCUUGGUCGGAGCCUGUGGCUAAAAAUAGCCAUCUCGGCUCGAGCAGACGAGUUGAGGAGUACAGUGGGAGACGGUCGGUCGCGAAUUUAAGGACAGACACGAAAAUGGUCCCUGAACAAAUAUCCGAAACAGUAGCCGUUGUGAAAGUUCCUAAUUACGAAGAGAAGUAUGUUGGAAGUGUGCUGGACCUGACUGCCAUGAAACGCUACAAUGACAAGGUGUGCUUCGAGCCGGCCAUGACGCCCGUGCAUUUCGCUCAGACUCUUAUUUGCUACAAAAACUCGACUCGUAAGAGAUUUGUGAGCCGAACAUUUUAUGAACCGAGAGUAAAGCCGAAACGUUUUGCCGAGACGACGAUUGUCUACCCAAAGCAUCCGGAGAAGAGUUUUGUGAGUUUUCUGGAUUAUCACAUCGACGAAUGUAGGAAGUGGUUUAAAACAUGCAUGGAGUUUAAGGCCAAGACCUACACGACAACAAAGAUAGGUUUGGGAAUGAAGAAAGACACGCAUGUUAACAAAGUUAACGAAAGCGACAACUCGCCAGGUGCAUCACAGGUGUUUAUUCCCCGCUUCAACAACGAUGGUUCAUCGUACGAAAGAAAAUUCAAGUUUGCUCUGAAACCAGAUAUUAACCAAAACACGAAUGGACCCAUCAACGGAUAUUGAAACAAGCUGUGUGUAGGUUAUAAUAUUGGAAGCUAUUAUUACGGAUACGUGACGAACGCCGUGAAAGUGUGUGAACAAAGGAUGACAAGUGUUAUUAGUUGUUUGUUAAUACGGUAUGCGUCAACAUGACCUUAGGUCACGAAUUCAAACAGUUUUGUUGAGAAAUGGAUUACCGUUUUUUAAACUAUUCGUCGCCUUUGUUGCCAAAAGUUGAUAUACCACACCAAUAUCAAAGAGAGAGUGUUGUGUACAUAUGAAGAGGAUUCUGUCUGUCCGCCACAAUGUGGUGGCGUUAUGUGUUGGUGGGAGCGUCGAUAUAUGGCUUAUUAACAUAGCAUCAAGGAAGGGGAUUUAUGUAGCCAGGCAAGACGUUUUCCUCGUAACAUUAUACUCAUCCACCAUCGACAUGAAUAUUCAUAUUGUCAAAAUUAUGCAACACGUUUUUACGUGGAUUAACAUGAAAUGACAUUUACGACACCGCUGUAGACAUAUAUAUUUAUAUCACUUAUGUAUCAUGUAUAUAUCAUGUACGGUUGUGACUAGAAUUUAGAAUUCCUUUGUUUAGUCAUCACACCUCUCUUCAUGUACCCGCUGUCUUAAGGCCAGUUAAAAUAUAUUCCUGUUGUUGUUUUUUAAAUUUGACUGGGGGCGGUUGUACAGUCUGGAGGUUAAGGCGUUCGCUCGUCACGCCAAGGACCCAUGUUCGAUUCCCGACAUGGGUACAAUGUGUGAAGCCCAUUUCAGGUGUCCCCCUCCGUGAUAUUGCUGGAAUAUUGCUUAAAGCGGCGUAAAACUAAAUUCACUCACUCAAAUUUGACGGAGUUUCAAAUCUAUGAGCGAGCCUGCUUUUUUUGUACCAGAUGACCUUCUGGCCCGCCCCCGUAGUUCAAGGUUUAAGAAGUCAAAAUCAGGUGAAAAAGAAAUGGGUUUUUUCCGAACAGUGCUGAAAACGUUUUUGGAAAACAUACAUGGGCAGGUAGGUCAUGAGAAAUAAGACAUUUAUUUUGACAAGCGUAACCUUGCGACUGACUAGCAUUACGUUUAAUAUGCUUCUAAUUGCCAAGAGCAGGUCUCCGAUGCGUGAAACUUAACAGGACCACAAUUCUUAACAAAAUAGGCCCCAUGGCAAUAUAGUUCCGCCAAAUCUCAUCGUUUUCUUAUAUAUAUAGGUUACUUCACCCAAUAGUUGGCAAGUCAAUCUGUAGCUCUGGUGUUUGUUAAAACUUUAAAAAAAAAUUCAUUUAUAUAUCCUAGUCGCCAUUGAUAAUAUACUGCACAGACCACUUUAAGUUUUUCAAAAGGCUAUACGUCGUUUCUAUGUACACAGUUGGUUGAAAAGACGAUAUCGUUUCGGUCUCCUAACGACAGUGCUAUGGUGAAUGAUGUAUACAAACUAGUACUCGUUUAUUAUGACACCACGAUGCCUGUAAUCUAAUUGAUUUGAGGUAAUCGGUCAUGUGUGAUUAAUACUGGUCUCUGGUGUAUUCAUAGACUUCCAUUAUCUCUCGGUGGAAAGAUCCAGGUCGACUUGUUGAAGGUGAAGAUUCAACCCUCUGGGCUUGAGCCUAAUGUAAUGGAUGCAUGUUUACUCAUGCAUUUAGUUAAAAUUGUUCUGCCCCAUUGGGAUAGAUUUAAACCAUUGACUUUGUCAAAACAUUAGAUUGAUCUCAGUUUUAAAUGAACUGCUUUCAAACAAAGAUACGACCCUUGUAUUUUAGACACAAGUCCGCCUGACCAAUGGUCUGUAGUUUAGGUCCAAACUCUUCAAAGCAACGCCCACUCCACCUUUUAGACCAACA